AUGGAGGCCCACAGCAACUCUCUUGUUCUCUCAAUAGGUGUGUGUGUAUGUGGGGUUAGUUAAACUCAAAAAUGCAUAAUUGAAACAAUUGGCUGAUUUGACAUUUUAAUUGAUUGUUGCAAUAAUUUCACACUGAUUUUGUAAUUUCUUUGUUAAUUUUAUUUUUAAUUAAUAUGAAAAUAAUGUCAUCUAAUAACCCAUAAAUCAAGAUACUGUUAAUAAAAUUGUAUUUUAUGUGGAUGUAGUUAAUUAAAUAUAUUCAUCAACAGUUUGCGACUGUUCUUUCCCAACAAGUUGCUGAAUGGUACUUUAUUUCUGAAAAAAAUAUGUAAGAAAUUAAUAUUACUGACACUAAAACAACCAAAUACUUUAUAUAAUAAUUGUUGUGGUUAUUGUUCGACACUGGAUCCCAACAUUUAACUGCUAUUAAUCCAACACAACAUUACACAGGCACGGAUUUUCUGGUGGUUGCGGGGGGAGGGGGUACUGGGGGGGGGGGCGUCCCCAAAAAGAAAUUAUUUGCACCACCUCCCCAGAAAUUAUCUACACCCUCCCCAGAGGCAUUUGGCACCACCCCCAAAAGUUUUUGCACCCCCGCAAAAAAUAUAUAGAGAAUAAUAAAUGAGAGCGCGGAAAUACCAGAUUUAUUUCGAGUGUUGAACAUGAUAUCUCACGAGUGAGCGCAGCGAUUCCUCUGCAUUAUGAAAAUUUAAUAAAAUAGUGAAUUAAUAUAAUUUUAAAUUUUUUUUAAUCGGUGUGACAUAAUUUGCUGCGAGAUUCAUAUCUGUAAUGGAUUACGUCAUCUGUGCCUGUGUGCACAAAGCCGGUCAGAAUGCUCUUGAAAAUCCACUCAUUUAAACCCAUGGCUUAAGCAGAUAUAUGCUGCUAACAAUUAAAGGUUAUCAGAUAGUCUUGACAACUGGGCCCGAGGACUUGUUUGAAUUCAACUGAAAUUUAUUUUGCAUCACUUUGGCAUGUUGAAAGAAUAAGGAAAAUAGUUCAGACCAAUAGCAUGUAAAUAUUGGGGUUCGGUGUCAGGCGAACAACCACUAUGUAAAACAUUUUCCUCCAAAAAUGCAUGAAUUACCAAUUACCAACAUUAAAUAUCAUAUCAAGAAUGUUUCAUUUUCUUAACCCAUUAAGAUGCAGAGCUUCCCCAUAUUUGACGAGUAAUAUUCGUCUGGCGUUUAUACAAGUAAACAAAUAUUAAAGUAGCACGCAUUGCGGCUCAAUGGGUUAAUUAUGAAAUUGAUUUUACUCGUGCAAUUUUUAGGGAAAAUGCUACAGGCCUCUAAACCUGAUCUUAUAUAUGAAACUAGCUUCAACAGAAGUUGGUAGAAUUGAACUGCCAAUUUUUGGAUCUUGAUAAUUCUACACAUAAUUUCUUUGCCAUCAGUUGCCAGUUAAGUACGUGGAUUAAACCAUUCAAAGUCAUGAUAGUUCUGGCUUAAAAAGGUCUUCCUCUAUAGGUAUACUAAUAUAAUAGAAAGCACUUUAAAUUUACUAAGUAGUAUCAUGAAGCAGAUGGUGGUCAAAAUAUGAAAAUAACAAAUGAAACUAAAAUCUGAAAUUUCAACCAUUUUCUUUCGAGAAAGACUGUUUCUCGUAAUAAUAUAGUUUGGGCAACCUAAUUGUACACAUCAGUUGCUAAAAUUGUCCACUACACAGUACAAAUAGGCUGUUUAUUUCGCUUUGUUUUGACCUACUUUAUCACAAAUAAUUAUUGAACAUAUAAACAGUAUAUUUUUACCUUUACAAAUAACGUCUUUACAAAAUUUCUUGUGGUUUAAAUAUUCGUUAUUCCCUGUCUUCCCUAGCCAACAUGAUUCUUGCCACCUGUACAUUGCUACUCGAAACAAAUGUUAAAAUGUCGAAGAGAAGGAUAACGCGAAGGCAAACUUCAAAACAGAAAGCUUUUAAUAUUUUUGCUAAAAUCAGCUGGAUGUGAAAGUGCAUGCUAGCGGGCUCAAAAUGAGCCUUGGUCUGUGGUAAUUACCACGAGGGUUUGUGACCAGUGGCGUCAUUCUGGCGUCAACAAAGGACGAAAUCCGCCAUGUAUAUGGCGACACUUGUUUGACUGAAGAAAGAUAGGAGCACCUCCUCCAGUAAUAUAGUAUAGCUCAGUGGGUCAAUAUGAAAAAAAUUUGGGCGCGUUUGCGCCAUAUUACUAUGACGACGAGAAUCAUAUUGACUCGCUGACUCCAUUGAUAUCACGACGACGACGGCUGCCGAACGACUAAGGAAUUGCUUUUUUCUUAAUAAAAAUAAAAUACAAAUGGCUCCACUGAAAUGAAAGCGACGUCUGCGGCAAUACACUUGCACAUGCGAGCAAUCGUCUUCGCCACAAGAAGACUGUCCAUGCAUUAUGGAAAUCGUUAUCUCGACCAAAAAAAUUCUUACGGCAAAUGAAGUUACAGUCCUGCAGCACACAUUGCAUUAUAGCCGGGUGUACACAAAAUGCUAAGACUGUGUGGGGGAAAACUCUUUUGGAGAAUUCACCGAAAACUAUAAGUCCAACUCCUCAAGGUAUUACCUGGUGUUACGGUCAAUGGCAACCCUCCUAUUUUGAUAUGACGAGAACUGACGCAUGGGAUUGAAUUUAAUUAAGGUAUCUCAGAGGAUAUCGAGAAAGCAGAUUACUUAGACGUGUCUCAGCGGAACUUGAUCGUGUUGGAUGAUCUCAUGGCAUAGUCGGGCAAAAACAAACGUGUAGCUGAUCUUUUCACGAAAGGAAGCCAUCGCCGAAAUUUGUCCAUUUGUCUACAUUGCCCAAAAUAUAUAAAGAUGCCACGAGCCGACCUCAUGCGUAUUUGAUGUUGGAUUUGAAGCCAACAACGAUGAUGAACAACGACCUAAAACAAACAUACUGCCAGGCGAAGCUGAUGCCUUUGUCGAACAUGUGCGAAAAAAGUCGUAUCAAUGCCAACCACUUGUAAAUACGAUUUACACUGCCGAAAAGCGAAUGCUUAAGAGAUCAUGGAAGCGCCUCAACUUUCUGCAGUGAAAGAAGCAAGCUAUAUUCUGAUCAACCAAAGCGGUAUCUGACGUUCAAAGCUAAGAUGGAUGUCCCAUCUUACCAUCCAAGUCAAGAAAUUAGUGAAACCUUGUUGCAUCAACACCUCGUUGCACAGGCACCAAAUGAACCUGUUGAAGUACAGUACCACAACCAGAGCCACCUACUUCUAACCCUAACUUUCUUACACUACCACCAACGGAAGGUGAACGAUCAAGGCUCAAGCCCAACUUUUUCUACAAUUGGGUGGCGUUAGCUGGUUGAUUGAGAACAGAAUAAUCUGGCUAUAAUGAAACCGAAAGAAAGAGAGCGGUACGAGCACAGGAAAAGCCAAAUUAUAUUCCAAAAAAGCCUAAAGAUAUCGCAAGAUUAUCGCCUGAAGAAGAGUAUGAGAAUUGUCUAAAGAUAUAAAAGUCACCUAAACGAUAUUCUCUUAGAAGCAGACUCAAAUAACCUUAAUAGCUUUGUAAAAAUUUAAAAAAAUAAAUGACAUUGUGUUUUAAAAAUAAAUUAUUGUAUAUAAUUGUUUCCAUAAUUAAUACUUAAAAAAAUUAGCUCGUACUUCUCUCACGACUGUUAGUGACUUAGCAAACAAUAUAGAUAUCCACAAAAGAUAACAUUUCGAUAUAUUAUGUCUCGAUUUAUUUACCUGCUUAGGUUUGGAAAGUCUAUUACUAUAAAACCCACUCGAGCAAAUGAUUGUCUUUUCGGUCAUACACGUUCAGGUUGCCACGAUAAUAAUAUUCCUAUAUAUCCAUUGGGAUCUUUUUAGAUAUGUAAAUUUAUGUUCGCCUAAUCUGUUGCUUACCUUAACCUUUGUGUAGUACAAAAUGAUUACGCGACGCAUCGCAAAAAGUUAUAUAUUCCUGCAAGUUAUGUGGCUAUCUUUAUAUUAUUUCCAAAUGGUCAGCAUUAGAUUCACUAUGUUUAUGAUUAUUCGGUGUAUAUAGUUAAGUGCACGAGGAACCAACGCCAUGCAUACGUCGAAUAUAAGUUAAUUCAUCCCCCUCACGAAGAUUAAGUUACCUCACUCUCAUUUACUGAAUAUUUCAUUUUUCUCAAUGAGUGCGCUGCCCUGCAUAUGUAUUGACUGAGUAAUACGUUAUAGGUUAGUUAGUCUAAUUUGCUGAAUAUUUAAUUUGUUUACUCUCAUUUACUCAAUAUUUAAUUUCCUCACUCUCAUUUACUCAAUAUUUAAUUUGCUUACUUUCAUUUACUAAAUAUAUAAUUUGGUCACCCCCGCUGUCCAUCCGCUGCAUUCCGUCUCCCUCUGCCGCAAAAUGGAGGUCGAAGCCAUGUGCUGCCCGGUUAAUGCUAAUGAUGAUGCUGUGCCCUGCAGUGUACUGGGCGCCCUAAAAAUUGGGCCCUAAAACCACCUACAUUACUACUCAAACCAGUUAACAUAGGUUUUCACACUCCUCCUCCGAGGCUUGAAGUAUUGGUAUAACUGGGCAGCCUGAGGUUCAAGUUUUGUUAUAAAGCACGGUAAAGGAUAAGCAGGGUAAAUUGUUGGAGGAGGGGAGAUUCCAAACAACCUCUGCGGACGAGAGUUGUACGUGAUAACUGUUUUCGUGCUGUAAAAAGUUUCAAUAAUUAUAAUACCCUGUUGUUCUAAUCUUUAGCGUUCUUGCCCAAAUCAAAAGACAGUGGCAGAGCUAUAGCGGAACAACGCAAGAAAGAAGUCGGUGAGAACAGGAAAGUGUACAAGUGGGGAACAGAUGCAAGAUAUACUCAAGAUCUUCCAGGAUUUGUAGAAGCCAAAGGUCCACAGUCUCUGCCCAAAGACGUUAGAUUUACUGACGAAGCCACGUUAUCCUUGUUUGGAGUAGGCCUGAUAGAUUUUGAAAACCAUGGUUUGGGUUAUAUCUAUGGAGACUGGAAAUCUUGGGAUUCCUUGGAGGAUUUCCGGAAGCUCAUCACUCCAGCCAUUCAUAGUGGUCUUCCUCACGCUGCUGAGUAUUGGCGAGAUGAUGUGUGGUUUGGAGCACAAUUUCUCAACGGCUCAAAUCCAGAAGUGAUCAGAAAAUGUAAAAAGCUGCCGGAUAAUUUCCCGGUGAAAAAUAUAACGGUAGACAAAUUGUUGGACCGUGGAUAUAAUUUAAAAACAGCAAUCAAGGUAUGUUAUGUUGCCAAUGUUACAAAUCCUUAUUUAAACGCAAAACAAUAGACAAUCGCAAAUGUUAACAUUCUAUUUCGCAAUUUUUUAAUAUAUCUACAAUUUAAGGAGUGUCCAUUAAUUUGUGUUGUAUUUAACACUCCAGGUAAAUUUGUUUUUUACAAAUUCUUGUUCUACUUUUACAUGUAGCCAGUCCUCUUUCUGGCCUGGUCUCCGCAUCAUUUUCUUUUCCUUCAGGAAAUUUCCAUUGUAUAACUUGCAAUUCAACAUCCUUCUCAUUAUUUUACUAUAUUUUAGUAAACCGAAUUGUUUACUCCAUUAUAUCCACUGUAUAGUUAUAGUCUCCUAAACACUAUUUCAAAAACAUAACUCCUUGUUUUUUGUGAAUGACGCCCUAGACAUUUUUCUUCUUUUCUAAUAACGUUAAAUUUAUUUUAGACAUGCCUGAUUUUCCUUGUUGACUACAAGAUCCUUGAAGGGGUGGCAACAAUGAACAAACCAAAAGACAAACGCUAUAUCACGCCGGCUAUGGGGUUGUUUUACCUCAAGAACAACGACGAUAUGGUGCCUAUUGCCAUUCAAUUAGGUCAACAGCCUGGAGAGGGCAACCCGAUAUGGACGCCUUUACAAGACACUGAAUGGGACUGGUUAAUGGCAAAACUUUGGCUUCGUUGUGCUGACACACAAUAUCACCAG